UCAUGCUGCUGCCAGGUCCAGAGUGUCUCAUGGGUCCCUGUACGGCCUCCCAUUGCUGCUGUCUCCAUCGCCACACUCUGCCAUGUGCCACUUUCAGGUCUCCUCACACUGCUGGUGGGUUCCAUUUUGUCAUAGGGUGCUGGCAGAUUACGGGCCUCCCAUUGCUGCUGCCAGGCCCGUAAUCUGCCAUGGGCCCCCGUACCGCCUCCUCAUGCUGCUGCCAGGUCCAGAGUGUCUCAUGGGUCCCUGUACGGCCUCCCAUUGCUGCUGUCUCCAUCGCCACACUCUGCCAUGUGCCACUUUCAGGUCUCCUCACACUGCUGGUGGGUUCCAUUUUUUG